AUGUCAAACAGCUCCCUUCCCAAUCUCACGGAAAUUGUCACCCGAGAGUGUGACACAAACCGCCUACCAUCUCGACUUCCGUCUCUUGGCGAUGAUGUACCAACGGCUUGGGUCGCUAUGACCAAUGACUCAUACGGCGGAAUGAGACAGGUCUGCUCUCCCAACUCUGUCAACCUCUACGGAAAUUGCACUCUUUGGUGCGAACUGCCGGCCGAAUUUAUGGACGCCUACGAAGCCUCUGGAUCCAAUAGCUUUGAUGGUUACUUCCUACGACAAUUGAGGGCGACUGGUAUGAACACGUCCCAAAUAGGCAUCUUUUCGGCAAGGGAGAAGGAGAGCGCGGCUCCAGUGACAGGACCUGCGCCUAGCAUUUUGGGCUUGGGGACAUUGGCUUUGGCAGUGUUUGUUGCUUUCAGUUUAUAG